GUCACCGCUUUUGUAAACAUUCCAGAAUCAGCUGUUUGUCGUCAACAUGUCAGAGGAGGUUAAUCAAGAGAAAGACGCAUUCGGAGAGGAUACGAAGCUGGAUUAUGACCAGAAAACGAAAAAGGGAGAAUUAGCAGUCAAAGUGAUAUGCCUUGGCGACAGUGCCGUGGGGAAAUCCAAGCUUGUAGAAAGAUUUUUGAUGGAUGGCUAUCAACACCAGCAGCUGUCAACAUUUGCUCUGACGCUUUAUAGAUAUCGCACAAAACUAGAAAAUAAAGAGGUUCUUGUGGAUUUCUGGGACACAGCAGGGCAAGAAAGAUUUCAGACAAUGCAUGCAUCAUACUAUCAUCAGGCUCAUGCUGCAAUCCUGGUAUUCGAUGGAACGCGGAAAGUCACUUAUAAAAAUCUUGCGAAUUGGUACAAAGAACUCCGUCACUACAGACCCGAAAUCCCUUGUUUUUGUGCUGUGAAUAAAAUAGAUGAAAAUGAAGACAUCGCUGGAAAGAGUUUUGCUUUCCCAGAAAAGAACAAUAUCCCCAUGUAUUAUGUUUCAGCAUCAAAUGGAACCAAUGUUGUCAAGUUAUUCAAAGAUGCCAUUAAUGCUGCAUACCAGUAUAAAAAGAAUCCAACUGACUUCACAGAUCAGAUAAUGGAAGAGCUAGAGAUGGAUUGAUGAUUCAAGUCAAGCAUAGAAAUAGAUAGGUCUUGCAAGCACAAUCAUACCAUAGUUACAGUAUGUGAUAAAGAGUAUUUGCACUUGCCUUUUUUAAGCAGUAAGGAAUUAUAUUUAAAGGGACCAUCAAGAUGACUUUGUUGCUCCCAGUUUACACACUUUUAUGUUACUAAUUUUUUCAUAUUUUAAUAGAUUCAUGUUAUAACUUUCACAUAAAGUUUUUACCCAACAAUGAUGCUGCCAGAAAUUUACCAUUUGACUCACUUUAGCUGUACCCGUCAUGAGGAAAUAGUUUUCCUGAUGGCUAUAGGUGUACCCAGUUGAAAAAUAAAACCCAUAAUUCAAAGAUAAAUCCAAUCAUGGAUUUCCUGAGCAAUUUAUGCCCUACUUGGCUGUAGGUGAAUGCCAAUGGGGGAAGAAAUCAUAGCAUCUAAUUUUUCACUUUGCAUCAUAUUAAUGCAAGUACAACAUCAGAUUUUAAAAAACCCUUUGAGUAGAUAAGAAUAAAUAGAGAAAAAGUGCUCUCUAGAUGGCAACCCUAUUUUUUUAACAACUCCUAUGAGUAAUUGCCUUUUCAAGGAAAUGCAGGGCCUUUAGGCACCUGGUCUUGCCAGCAAAAUAUUAAGAACUCAGAGGCACUUUUUACAACUAUUAUGCCUGAAGGAUUUAGUAAGGCACUGAUACCACCCACACUUGCUGCCACAAUGACAAAUAUGUAUUAAUAAGUAGUUUGUGUAUUUCAGCAGUAUGCUAUAUAUAGUGAAAAUUGAUUUAAUUAUGAAAUCCUACCCUAAAUAUCAUUGUUUAUGAAACAAUCAGAUUAAGCUCAAGGUGAGGUAUGAAAUUAUACUUUUAUCCCAGUCAUUUUUGUUGUUUGAUAAAAUAAAAGUCACCCUUGUAACAGCAGAUUGACACCUAAACAUGAUUUUUAAAAUCUAAAAUGAAAAAAUUUAGUAACAUAUCAUUAGAUGUUGUCCUUCAGAAUCACAGCGGUUGGUAGUUAUAAAAGGGCUCGUAUAAGUAUUCCGUCCAUAAAGUGAAAUACUCACAAGAUUGUUCCUUACUGGGUGGCUACAUAAAUGUAAGAAUUAUCUCCAUACUAACCGUAUGAGAUGUAAUCUGUCAUUAGUCAUAAAAUACAUUGUUUUAUCACACUGGCAAUGUUCACCCAAGUCAAGCAGUACAGAAGGAUAGCUUUCAGAAGUGCCAUACUAUACUCCAAAACUGCAAGCAGAAAAUGUUUCAUCAAGUUUCACAAUCUUGCUCAGUCCUUAGUUUCCCAGUUAUAAGUGCACAAAAUUCACCGUAGAAGGCUAGAUCUACACUUUUUAUUUGUUAAGAUCACUGUUAUCAUAUUUUGUGCCAUUAGCACCUUUUUCAUUAACCCAGUUAGUGCAGGUGGCAAGACUACAAUGCCAUGCCCACUGUAAUAAAAGUUUAUCUAUUGUCUUUACACAUAGAUGGCUCUACAAGUGCUUAGUCACCAAGCAGUCAGCUAUUAGUCUUACCAGUCUCAUCUGU